AUGUCUGCAUCUACACCAUUAUCAACGUCUAAAAUUAACGAUAAAUAUGAUAGAGAUGAAUCUAACAAAAAAAUUAAAACCAACUCACCUUCAUCAACAUCCAAUAUUAUCAGUGAAUGUGCUAGAGACAAAGUAAUGAGUCUGACAAAAAAAAUUAAAACCAAAUCUCCUUCAUCAAUAUCCAACAUUAACAGUAAACGUGAUAGAGAUGAAACAGCAGGCCUUUAUGAGUUUAGUGUUGCAAGAUUCAUUAUUGUUAAGUGCCUCACAAGAUUGUACUAUGAAAUUGUUGGUAAGUGUUUCUGA